AUGUUUGACAAGGGCGGCAAGUCCUGCCUGGUGCUGGCGCCUGCGCGGCACCUAGCCGCUGGUGGGGGCGGCUUCGCGCGCUUCGCGCGCCUGGCGGCGGGCCAGGCGUUGCUGAGCUUUGUGCGGGAGGUGCUGCGGGUGGUGGAGGAGGUGGAGGGCUGGAAGGACUACCAUCUGCGCGUCGUCGCUGGAGGGCUGCCUCCCCCGAAGCGCGGGCAGCCGAACCCCUGCUCAGAGGAGCUGGCGCGGUGUGUGAAGCAUGCAGGCUUCUCUGUGCUGGUGCUCACGGACGGCCACAAGCGAACGCCGGCAGACGCGGAGACCUUGCAAGACCUGGACGCGGCCAUCGACUAUGUGGACGCCUCGGGCACGCACGUGAAGCUGCCCAUCACCGGCCGCGACCUCACCGUGAUGCCGGGCCCGCGGGGCCUGGCCCGCUGCGUGCUCGACGCCCAGGCAAGGCCGAUGCUGGUGGUGGUCUUCAAUCGUUUCGUCCGGCGUCAAAGCGAGUGCUCGGACGAGGAGUUGUUGGAGCUCUGGACUUUGGCACUGGAUGCCAUUGAACAGCACCACAGCCAGGAGGAGGAGCAGGACCCCUUCCUGGCCAUGUGCAUCAACGCCGGCAGCUUCCAAAACAUCUCCCACCUUCACUUGAAGGUCUGGCUCAGCGGCGAGCGCUUCCGGCCCUACGAGGCGCAUCCGGGGUACCAAGUCCUGGCGCAAGCGCGAUCUGAACGCCGGGCUGGCAGAGACAGGACGGCCAAGAGGGCUGAGCCUCGGCUUGAUGCGCCGACGCCGGCGGCCAGAGGCCAACGAAGGUGGGAAGGCGUCUCCGGAUCGGACCAUGCGUGCCCAACGCCAGCCGCUGAGCCGGUGGAUGCGCCAAAGAGAAGGUGGCGGAAAAAAUGA